AUGUCUUGGUCACAAAUCAUUAAAACUAUAGAUCAAACAAAGAACAAGUUAAUGGUUCAAUUUGGUCAAUUGGAUCAAACUACAGAUACUAAAUUUGAUUAUGAAGAGAAAAGAUUUAAAUAUUUAGAAAAUCAUUCAUUAAAAUUACAAAAAUUAUUUAAAGAAUAUCAAAAUUGUAUCAAUAUUGUUAAAAAUACAGAGAUUAAUAUUAAUCAUGAUAUUCAAUCAUUUUAUGGACCACUUAUAGAAAAUAAAGAACAGGAAAGGAAAAACUUUUCACAGUUAUAUUUUAAAACUAUGAAAUCAAUAAAUGAAUCAAAUGAUUUUACUACUAGUUAUAAUCAUUGUAUUUUAAAUCCAUGCUCAAGAUUCAAUUCUUAUUUUAAAGAUAUUAAUUCAUAUAUUAAAAAAAGAAAUGAUAAACUACUUGAAUACGAUCUGAUGAAAAAUAAAGUCAAAAAAUUGUGUGAAAAUCCAUCAUCAUCAACAACUAUUAUUAUCUCGUCAUCAAAUAGCAAUCCAAUUGAAAAUUUAAAUAAAAUGAAUCAAGAAUUAACUAAUAUUGAAAAUGAUUUUAUGUUAUUAAAUGAUGAUUUAAAAAAUGAAUUACCUAAAUUUAUAAAUCUUCGAAUUCCAUUCUUAAAUCCAACUUUUGAAUCUUUUGUUAAACUUCAAUUAAAAUAUUUUAAUGAUAAUUAUAAAGAACUAAGUAAAUUACAAAAUACCAUUGAUGCAAAUACUAAAAUGUUAUAUGAACAAGAUAAAUUGGAUGAUAAAUUAGAUAAUAUUUUAAAAAGAAUGAGAAAUUUAGAUAUUGCAGGUGUUCAAACUUAA